AUGCCCAGUAAUUGUGUCUUUACUGAACAGUGGAAGUGCUUACCAAAAAGAAAUUACACAGUGAAAAUCGUUUAUCAGACUCUGGUCAAACUAAUUGUAGGAUUGCUACCCUUCAUGUUGACUAUCUUGAAGGAAGAUGAUGUCAACUGGCCAGAACCUGACCGUGUUGGGCGGCAGGAGCUUGAAAUUGUAAUGGGGAAUGAGCAUAUCUCCUUUACUACUUCAAAGAUUGGAUCCCUUGUUGAUGUCCAGAGCAGUAAAGAUCCUGAAGGUCUUCGCAUCUUUUAUUAUCUUGUUCAGGAUCUGAAGUGCUUUGUGUUCUCACUCAUCUCUCUCCACUUCAAGAUCCAGCCUAUAUAAGAUGCAACAGAGUAUCAAGUGUCUGCCAGACAAGUUGCAUUCAUGGGUUGUGUAUGCUUUUCCAUAGAGUUGACAUUUUUACUAUGUAGGCCUAAUCAUUGACAGUUUUUGUAAUUUUUGGUACCUGGAUGAUUAUGAGACUCUAUUCAAAAAAAUGAUUGUGAGAGAGGAUUUCGGAAUGUAUGCCAAAAUGGAAUGCUACAGUUUGCUGCAAACGCUCUAGAUUUUCA